AGUGAAGAAAUUAGAAGCGAACAUUUGUAACGUGCUUUUGCUAACAAUAUUGUUAUUUGCGUCAUUUUGGUUCUUUUAGUUUCUUCUUUCUCUAAACACAAACAAAUAUAUAUAAAUUAUAAAAACAACGUUUGCGUUGCCUUUCAACCAAAAUCAACAACUUAAGCAAAAACAACAACAACAAGUUCGUUAUGGAUAUUCUGAAGAAAAUGUUCCAAUCGGAAUUCGGAGAGCAGCAGGAGCAGGACGCUUCGUCGUCGGCUUCCAAUAAGGAUGAAUUCCGCAAGCCGCAAUGGUUCGAGGAGGCGGAAACCGAUGAUGAACUCUUUGAUGAUGAUCGCAAGUUUGCGUUCCAGGUGUUUACGAGUCCAUUGGAAAUGCAGAAGCACUUUGAGCGUCAACUGCAGCGUCUGCUUGAAUCGGUGCAGGAGAACGAAGCUGAUGCGGGCUUUGAGCGUAACUUGAGAGAGGAUUUCCUUAAGCCGGGCUUUGAGAGUAAAAUACUGAAGGAGUUUCAGCGCAGGGAAGGUGCUCUGGAUACGGAUCUGGAUGGAGAAAUCUAUCCGGAUCAAUUGUUCUCGCUGAUACAGCGCAUGAAUCCCGAGGAGGGACAGGAGCAUAUUGUGCCCUCGAAUCAGCGGGUGAGGAGCUUGCCACGUGUGAGGCUGUCGGACGAGGAGAUCAUCAUGGGACGCAUCCAUGGCACGCUGAACAGCGAUGGCGAACUGAAGCCGAAUGUGCUGCGUCCACCGCGUCCCCCGUCGAGCGGCAAGCCGAGCAUUAUGACGCCCAUGACGCCAUUUGGUGGCGUUUUCGAGGGCAGCAGCUAUCAGGGACCGAAGAUGUUUAGCCAGAGUGUGAUGACGAAGACAAUUCGUAAGCCGGAUGGCAGCUAUGAGACCACCAAGGUGACUCAAGACUCCAGCGGACAGAAGACAACAACGGUGACACGCAUGAUUGAUGGACGCCAGGAGACGGUGGUCAGUCAUGAUAAGGCUGUGGGAGGAGCAACAGCAGCGGGAACUGUUACAGGAGCAGGAGCAGGAACAGGAGUUACAGGAGUGCAAUUGCCGACUUAUGUGAAUCGCAAUAUAUUUGUGACAAAAGAAGGCUACGCCAUGCCCAGGAACCUCUGGUGACCAGUGGUGAACAACGAUUGCCCCCAACAACAAGACCAAGACAAGCGAACAUUGUUGUUGCAACAACACUGGCAACAACAACAUCCACAACAACAAACUGGAUACGUCGGCAACAUAGUCCCAUAUAACAUCCAAAUUAGAACCUAUUACAUUUUAGUUAACAUUCAAUUAAGUGUUUCUUGGUGUUUUAGAUGAAACGCAAUUGAGACAACAGAUGACGACGAUUAUUAUUGAAGCAAAAGCAAUUAUUUAAACAACGAAUCCACUGCAGCUGUAGCUUGGAAUUUCGUUGUUUCUGUAUGGAGUGUGAAAAUCUGAAAAGCACUUUCAGUUCCAGAGCAUGCUCUGCAGCCGAAGAAUCCCCUCCAGCAAUUGGUGUGACCAGUUUUGUCGAUGGAGGCGGCAAGAUUUGGCAGCAACAACAAUGACAAUGACAAUGGCAAUGACGACAGCAACAAUAUUGUUGUUGUUGUUGAUGUUGUUGUUGUUGUAGUGUUGAUAGUUGAGUGUGAGGAGUUUGGUGUGUGAAUCACAUGAUUCUAUUUUCAGUUUUGCCAACAACAAAGUUAAAAAGCCAAAACAAAAAUCAGCCAAAAGAUUCAGAUUCGAUUUCGAAUUCGUUUGCUGUUGUGUGGCAUGCCACCUGGUGUGGCAACAACUAUUUUAAUCGCAUUCUUCGUGGUGCUAUCUGUGUCUCAAUGGAGCGGCAGCAUCUAAAGUGCCCGUAGUUGAUCAAAAGUAUUGGAAAAA